UUGUGUACCACAUUUAGUUGACAUUUCGGAUUUUAAGGUUAUUUUUAUUUCGUCUAGUUGUAUUUUAUCAAAAAAAACGUGAUUUCGAGUUCUGAGCUGAAAACCAAUUAUAUAUGCGAUAAUUCAUAAAUACCAAUAAAAAUGGUAUCUGUUAAAAUUCCCCAACAUAAACCGGAAAAGGAACAAGUAAAAACUGGAAAGGCCAAAAAAGCUAAAACUUUGAAGAAAAAUAAAAAAAUAUUACAGAAACCACCACCAGCACCGACCAUUAAUAAAGUAAAAGAUAACUCUACCAAUAUUGUUAAAAGGAAGAAAAAAUCCCAUUUUAAAAUGCCAUCGAAAAUUAUAACAGAGGAUCUAGUUACUUCUUGUUUAGUUGCUUUAGAAAAGUUAACUAAUCAUUAUGACAAAAAGAAUGCAAUUUUCGGUGAUGAAACACAAAUAUUCAUAGAGAUACGCUGCAUUAAAAUCCCCAACACCAAGGGCAACAUAAGAAUUGUUCUACCACACUCUACUUUAUCAAAAACUGGUGAAGUGUGUCUGGUGACACCAGAUUUAAAGAAAGGAAAGAAGAUUGACCAUGAUCCUACAAUAGAACACUGGGAAGAUAUGUUAAGAGGAGCUGGAGUUACUACUGUUAAGACUGUGCUGCCUAUGCGACAGUUACGAGUAGAAUAUGAUCAGUAUGAACUGAAACGUAGAUUGCUCACUCAGCAUGAUUUUAUUAUGGUAGACAAUAGGGUAUUGAAUCAUGUAUCACACAUUUUAGGAAAAAUGUUUUUUGCAAAACAUAACAUGCUAAUACCUGUAAAAAUAAAUGAAAAAAAAGAUUUAAAGAAGAAUAUUCAUAAUGGUUUACGCACAGUUAUGUUGCGCAUUAGUGAGGGGCAGACAUCAACUGUUCUUGUGGGUCACACAGCUAUGUCACAGAGCAAUAUAAAAGAAAAUAUUUUGGCAUUAGUACAAAAAUUGAAAGAUAAAUUCCCUGGAGGAGAGGCAAAUAUAAGAUCCCUCUCAAUAAAAUUGCCACUAUCAUUGUCACUGCCAUUAUAUCUUACCUUACGACCAUCAAACUCAAUCUCAGCACCUAGAAUAAAACAAAAUAAGCCUAAGAGCUUUGUUAUUUAUGAAGAUGAACUUACAACCACACCAGGAAAUAUUGUUCAAGUAGCUCCAGAUGGAACAGUUAAUUUGAAAAAAAUAAAUAAGAGAAAAAGGGCAAAGAAUGACAGUGAUAUUGAAGAGAAUGAAGAUACUGAAAAUGAAGACAUAUUCUCUAGUGAUGAUGAUGAAUAAAACACAACACAUUAAGAAAAUUUGUUCCUUUAUUUUAACAUAAAUGAAAUAUUCUAUACAUUGUGUCUCUUGAUUGUUUAUUUUAAUAAUAAUUAUAAUCAUUGCAGAGUA